AUGAGCUCUAGCUCCAGCUCCAACGCCAACCCCUUCCCUUGGGGUAUUGGCUGGAGGGCCUUCUUCCUCGGGUGGUCGGCUGGUGAUCGCACCAAGUUCGAGAACACCAUGGAGGUGUGCUCGAACUUCGGCUUCAUGCCUGACAUGCAGAAGGAAUCUAAUGCAGUGCUCAUGAAGGCCACUGCAGAAGAGCUGAAGACGCUGAUUCUUGACCUAGUGAAGGGCGCGAUGGCAGUUGACAUCAUUCGCUGGGCCAUGAAUCAGGCCGUCUCCCUCGACGCUAAACAGAGGAAGAAGUGGUGCAAGUACAAGAACUACUGGGCUCCUAAUGACCGUCGUGCCGCAGUGUACUGGGAGACGGCUAUCGCGCCGCUGACGGCCAUCGAUGGGGAGCCUAAGGAGGAGGAAGAAGCGGUGCAGAUGCUAGCGAGGGCGCCGGAGCCAGUCGUCGUACCUGGCAGAUCGACCUCGACCUCGACUCCGCCGAGGACGACGACAACGACCCGCCGGCCCGCACGGUGA